AUGGAAAUAAAUAUAGCCACGGGUUUUAAUAAUUCAGUUAAAAAAUUAAAGACAAUUAACAGUUGGGCUCCAAGAGCCCUUUUCUUAUUAGUUUCCUUACAACGCUGUAAUAGAACAAGAGAAAAGGCUGAAGAGAUUUUUCAUAUACUGUAUGGACAAGAUAUUUUUAAAGUGGUAAUUGUGCUUUUAAAUCCUCAGGGUAAUUUUUCAUUCAACGUGUAUGCCAUGCCUCCAUACUUAAGUGAAACAGGGAAAAGUCCUCUCUCUGAUAUAUGUAAAAAUGGUAUUUUUUCUUAUGGUAGAAAAUUUGAAUACAACGAUUUACCAGUAUCUAGAGGCAAGAUUAAGUAUGCAAUAAGAGCAAAAUAUUUUCCAUGGUCUCCGUUUACCAUUAUGUCCAAGAACAGCAAUAGACUUAAUCAGGAUCGUCCUGGUUUUGAAGUAAAUUUACUGAAUAGCUUCUCAAAAUAUAUAAAUGUAAGCAUAGCGUAUGAACCAAUAGAAUUUCACCAAACCCGAGGAGAUUGUUUCGAUAAUGGAAGUUGUAUCAAUGAAUUUAAAGACCUUUAUGAAAAACGAUAUGAAGUAUUAAUUGGUGGGUACACUCCAUAUUACGAACAAAUGUUAUAUUUUCGUGAUGUUGCUACAGCAAAUAUUGAACAUGAAGUAGACGUUGUUAGUAUACCGCCUGAUGCUGACCCACAGACCGAUGAAGAGGACUUUGACGAAAAUAAUUUAGAAGGUGUCGAAAAUAUAUUUCCUACUGACGUAGUUGGUGAAAUCGAGUUGCAGCAUAUAAACAGCAGUGAUAAGAAGAAACAAAAAUUGAAAUUUCAAGAUGAAUUCAUAGAAGUUGAUGACAGCGUAGCAACUAUUGGAACAAAAUGUCAACAAUAUGUAAAACAAAACAAUUCGAUGAGGACACAAGAAGAAGGGACCGAUAAAGAGAAUAAUAAAAACGAAAACAACAAUCAAAUAUCGUCAUAA